GAGAGAGGAGGGCGGCUCCCUUUUCUCGGCAGCGGGAAGAGCGACGUUCAGGGAGGGCGCGGCAGCCGUGAGCCACCGAGGGAGUGGACCAGGCAGGGUUGCGCACAGAGGAGGCGUGGGUGGGGACCCAGGUGCCCUGACGGAAGGAGGCACCUCCGCCCAGCAGAAGGGAGCCCGGGGAGCAGAGGACCAUGAGCCGAGGGAAGGUCGGACGGGCCAGGAGCGCCUGGAAGGGGCCGGAGGAAGCUGGUGUUGAGAUCCAGGCCAAGCCUAUUUAUGGUGGAUGGCUUUUAUUAGCUCCAGAAGGCACCGAUUUUGACAACCCUGUGCAUCGUUCGCGGAAAUGGCAACGCCGCUUCUUCAUCCUUUACGAACAUGGCCUUCUCCGCUAUGCCUUGGACGAGAUGCCUACCACCUUGCCACAAGGAACCAUCAACAUGAACCAGUGUACAGAUGUUGUAGAUGGAGAGAAUCGAACUGGGCAAAAAUUCUCGCUAUGUAUCUUGACUCCGGAGAAGGAGCACUUCAUCCGAGCUGAGAACAAGGAAAUCAUCAGCGGGUGGUUGGAGAUGCUGGUGGUCUAUCCAAGGACAAACAAACAGAAUCAAAAGAAGAAAAGGAAAGUGGAGCCUCCAACUCCACAGGAGCCUGGCCCAGCGAAGAUGGCUGUGACCAGCAGCAGCAUUCCCAGUGCUGAGAAGAUCCCCACCACCAAGUCCACCCUUUGGCAAGAAGAACUGAGAGGCAAAGAUCAGGUUGAUGGGAAUGCAGGCCCCCACCCAGCCCCCAGCCCUCUGCAAGGUCAGGCACCCCCAGCUUGUUCCCUGAAGGAGCCAGUCCUGGAAAGCAAAGAAGAGGAGGGUGCCGUGAACGGUGACCGCAGUGAUUGCGGGCGGAAGACGCGGGUAGAAAGUGGCUACUUUUCCUUGGAGAAGACCAAGCAGGAGGUCAAACCAGAGGAGCAGCCGGUGCUGAACCUGCCAUCUCCCCCGAGCCCCUGCACUCCCAACAACAGGUACGGUGACCCCAGAUCCCAGGAGCAGAGGGGUUCCUUUCCUUCCCCAGGUACCUGGCCGGCCGGUCGAAUGGUGCACAGUUUCUCUCUCAACUCCCUGGACUUCAGAGGCCUCCACCUCUCCAAGCACGAGGAAUCUGCUGGCUGCAAUGGGGCGAAGAUCGAGGCGAGACCCAACGGCCCCCUUUCCUUUAAAGCUAGCCGCCAGUACUCCACCCUGGCCGACGUCCCCAAGGCCAUUAGGAUCAGUAACCGGGAUGCCUUCCAAGUAGAGCGGAAACGGCUCGAGCGGAGCUCCCGGGCCCGGAGCCCUGGACGAGAGGAAGUCGCUCGGCUCUUCGGAAACGAGAGGAGGCGGGCCCAAGUAAUUGAAAAAUUUGAGGCAUUGGAUAUUGAGAAUGCAGAACACAUGGAAAUCAAUGCUUCUUCCGGUCCUGCUCUCUCUAGCGAAACCCGGCAAGGCAGGAGCGAAAAAAGGGUUUUCCCGAGGAAACGGGAUUUAGUUGCUGAAACAGCAAGUGGGUCCAUCCUGGAUGUCUCAACUUCUCCUUUGUCUCCACACCGGAGAGCUAAAUCACUGGACAGAAGGUCUACAGAGUCCUCCAUGACUCCAGAUUUGUUGAACUUCAAAAAGGGAUGGCUGACAAAACAGGAUGAAGAUGGGCAGUGGAAGAAACACUGGUUUGUGCUGACGGAUCAAAGCCUGAGAUACUACCGGGAUUCUGUAGCAGAAGAGGCAGCCGAUUUGGAUGGGGAAAUUGACUUGUCAACGUGUUUUGAUGUCACGGAAUACCCAGUCCAACGGAACUAUGGUUUCCAGAUCCAUGUAAGAAUCUAUCAAACGAUAAAUAGAAAGACCAAAGAAGGCAAGUUCACGCUCUCUGCUAUGACAUCUGGAAUUCGCCGGAACUGGAUCCAGACCAUUAUGAAACAUGUUCGUCCCACGGUAGCUCCAGAUGUGACCAGCUCUCUGCCAGAGGAGAAGAGCAAAAACAGCAGCUCCUUGGAGGCUUGUCCCAAGCCAAGUGAGAAGCAGGACAUGGAGCAAGCCGAGAUCGACCCCGAACGCAAGCGCAGUCGGGCCAGGGAACGCCGGCGAGAAGGUCGUUCCAAAACAUUUGACUGGGCUGAGUUCCGCCCCAUUCAGCAAGUCUUGGCUCAGGAGCAAGCAAAUUUGGCAGAGACACUCAAGGACAGCUCCGCUCCUCUCCCCAAGGAACCCGGCCCCUUAGAGACAGAGCCCGGGGAACUGGAGCGAGAACGUGCCCGCCGUAGAGAAGAGAGAAGGAAGCGCUUUGAACAUCUGGAUGCCACUGAUGGGGGAAGCCCAGAAGACCUCUCCAGGAUGGAGGUGGACAGGGUUCCAGGGCUGCAGGCUGCUUCAGAGGCCAAGUCCCAAAAUGUCCAUGUGGAGAUCGAGCAGCGGUGGCAUCAAGUGGAGACCACUCCUCUGCGUGAGGAGAAGCAGGUCCCCAUUGCCCCAUUACACCUUGCUCACCCAGAGGACAACAGUGAGACACUUCAUAAGCAGCACUUCACCACGCUCCUGGAAAAGGAGCUGGAACAGAGUCAAAAGGCAGCUUCGGAACUCUUGGAACAGAACCGUGUCCUACAAGACCAGCUAAAAAUAGCUUUGGGACGUGAACAAAGUGCUCGAGAAGGUUAUGUCCUGCAGACUGAGGUGGCCUCAUCCUCCUCAGGGGCUUGGGAGAGGCUCCAUAAAGUCAAUAAAGAUCUCCAGAGUGAAUUGGAAGCCCAAUGUCAGCGCCAGGAGAUGAUCAAUCAGCAGAUCCAGUCGCUUAAACGUAGCUAUGGGGAGGCCAAGGAUGUCAUCCGGCAUCAUGAAGCAGAGAUCCAGAGCUUGCAAGCGAGACUUAGCAAUGCUGCUGCAGAGCUGUCUAUCAAGGAGCAGACCUUGGCCAAGCUGAAGAGUGACCUGAAGGCCGAGAAAAAGAAAGCUGAAGAGCAGAUGGAAGAAUGGCAACACAGUGAAACAGCUCUGAAUUCCCAGCUGAAGGCCAGCGAGCAGAAGCUGAAGAAGGCAGAAGCUCUCCUAUUAGAAAAGACCCAGGAGCUAAGAGAUCUAGAGAUGCAACAGGCUUUGCAGAGAGACUAUCAGAAAGAAGUCCAGCGGCUCCAGGAUCGGAUUGCUGAUCUGAGCUUGCAGCUGAGUGCCAGCGAGCAGUCCCGAAUGCUGAUGGAGAAGAAGCUCCAGAAGAAUUACGAGUCUUUGCUAGAAAGCUGCGAGAGGGAGAAGCAAGUUUUGAUCCAGAGCCUGAAGGAAGUGGAAGAUAAAGCCAACGAAUAUGAGAACCAGCUUCAGAAUAACGAGCAACAGAAGGAAAUCCUGCUGAAGGAGAAGCUGACUGCCAAGUUUGAAAGCAGUGAAAUAGUCCACCAACUGGAGGACCAGCUAGAAAUGAAAGAAGCCAGCAUCCGGAAGCUUGUUGAACAUAUCAAAAGUCUUGAGGAAGAAAGGGAUCAAAUUAAAUGCCGAUUCCAAGAGUUGAUGAACCAAGUUGCAGAGUCAGAUAACGAGGUUGCCAAGCUGCAAGCAAAGCUGCAGCUGGAGGAGAACAGCUACCACACUCUGGAGCGUUCCUAUGAGGUGGUGUCGGAGCAGUUCCAUAACUUGCAACAGAUUUUGAAAGAAAAAGAGGAGGAGUUGAGACAAGUGAGAGACACGCAUUUGAGCUUUGUUGAGAAGAAGGAUCGGGACUUCAUUGAACCUCUUUUAAAAUUGGCUACUACUGGUAGCAGUCGAGAGGAAAAAGAAGAUAACCUGGCCAAAGAAGAUGGUUUGAAAACAUCAGCUGAUGGAAGUUCUGUGCUGAGUGUUGCAACAAACACAGCUGAUAAUGGUAAUGUUGAAGAUUCAGUACAGUAUUCCCCGAAGCAAGGAGGACUUCCAGCUCAAGGAUGCAUGCUUAUUGAUGAUAGUGAUGAAGGACCCAGUCAGAGGCAAAUCUGUGGACAUACUGUGGUGAGCAUAGAAGAGUGUUGUUCUCCAUCGAAAUCAGUAGAUCUUCAAGAAAUAGAGGUUUGUCAGAAAGAUUCAUCAAAACUUGAUGCAGAAAUUCCAGGAGCCAAAAGGCAAAGGAUACGUUUCUCCAGUAUCCAGUGCCAAAAAUAUAUUCAUCCUGAUGGAUCGGAGAAGAUGUGGGCCAGCAGCACGUCUUCCGACACUAGCCAGGAGAGGUCACUUUCGGAAGAAAGUAUGACUUCAGAACCAGCUUUUUGUUAUCCAGCUUCAGGUGAUUCUGAGACCUACUUAUCUAUCAUUCACUCCCUGGAAACCAAGCUUUAUAUCACAGAAGAAAAACUCAAAGAUGUAACUAUGAAACUCGAAAGUCAGCAGGGCCAAAAUCAAGACACUCUUAUCACCCUUCACCACCAGUGGUCCAGCAUUGAAGCGCAGCUUAGAGAACAGCUUCAAGACAGCUUGAGUCAAAUUAGAGGGUUGGUUUCACAGGUAGAAAGUGAGAGGCAAGAAAAGCUCAAAUUGCAUGAGAGCCACAUUCAUGAGCUGGGCAGACUCCAUGAAAAUACUAGCCGAGCAUUAAUCUGUUUAAAUCAGUGCAGGGAAGAGCUAAAAAGCGUAUGCGCCUCUGAAAAAGAAAAAGAGGAAGAGAUGUUUUUGGAUGCUCUGUCCAGUAUUGAAAGUACUUUAAUGGAUGCAAUCCAGAUGUUACAAAAGGCGCUUCCUCCACCUGAGUGCCAACCAGAAGAGCUUCCUGCAGUCCAAGCUUUGCAGACUAAAGACAUCUGCUGGGAUGAGGAGAAUGCUUCUCCACAACAGAUGCACCAACUGGGAUUUUCUGUACAAGAACAGUUGAGGUUACUUUCCAGGAGGGUGGCUUUCGAAGCCUGCUUGAUCAACCAGAUAGCAGAGUCUUUGACAGAUGCCUCUUCAAAGAUCUCUCUGACUCUUAGAGAAAUUCAUGCUACUAUAGAUGAAGUCUUAUUGGAGCCUUCAAAUAUUUCACAUACUGCUGUGGCUUUGGCUGACAUCUUGUCUAAGAAGCUGUUGUUGGAAGAUGAGUUUUGGAGUCAGGUAGAAGAAGUAAGGAAGCACUUGAGUGUCAAGGAAGAAGAUGAGGAGGGGAAAGUGGAGACUCUGGACUUCCCGCAGUACCUCAUUCACUCAGUUACAGACAGCACGCUGGUUAAAGCAGAGCUAGGCUUUGUGGCUCAGAAAAUGAGGGAAUCCUUCCAUCAGAGAUUAAAAGCCAUGGAAGAAGACCUCCACAAUGCCAAAACGGCCCUUCAGCAGCAUAAGUGCAUGUUGGAGGAAAUCAUUAAAGCGUACAAGACUCCCGAAUUUGAUGGGAUUAUGCAUCAAAUCUCCAAAGCUCUUGAAAUCCAAGAAGGCACUUCGGAAGCAUCCCAACCAACUUGGAAUGUCAGACUUCAGGACCACAUUUUGGAAGCCCAUAGUUUGCAGGAUCUCAGCAGUCAAGCUCUGGCUGCUAUUCAGGAUGAUCUGGCUCAGCAGCUCAAAGACAAAGCCAACGUUCUUAAAGAAAUUGCUACUGCUCUUCUGUCUGUGUCCCCUGACAACGCCUUGAAAGAUUGCCAGAAGCUCCUAAAAAUUUCUUGCAGUCCUCCUUAUGAGAUGUGUAUGGGGGAUCUCGAACGCUACUCUUCUCUGCUAGUUCAGGAUGCGAUUAUUCAGGCCCAAGUUUGUUACGGGGCCUACAGAGCAAGGCUGGAAUACACAAAGGAAGCAAAGCUGUACAAAGAGUCUCUGCAAAAUAUGGAUGCCUUAUGUCAGGAGCGCAUACAGGCAGUCGCCGUCCUCAGAGAAGAGUAUGAAGGAUUGCUCCGAAAACAGCAGAGUGAAUUUGCUGAGAUGAUUGCUAUGCUCAAAAGAGAGAAUGCAGACCUCAGAGCCAAAGUAGAGCAGCUUGACAAUCAGCGAAGACUCCUGGAAGAGGAAGAACGUAAGCAGAGCCAAAAAAUAGCAGAACUUCAGGGCCAGUACAACGAGGAGAUGCAGAAGGUAGUUGAGCAGCUCAACAGGACUGAGGACACACUGCAGGCGGAACGAACUGAGGGGAUCCAUCAGCUGGAUGCCCUUGUGCAAGAUAAGCAGAACUUGGAAAGAUACCAUAUUGAGCAAAUGCAAAAUUUAGAGGAUAAGUUCCAGGUCAAGAUGAAAGAAAUCCAGGUCCUCCACGAUGAGGAACUGCAGAUCUUGCAGGAACGCUACAACCAGGAUCUCCAGUACUUAAAGGAAUCUUUGGAGGAGUAUCAGAAGAAGCAUCCAGAAACCCUGGCCAGGAUCACCUGUGGUGCCGAAGCACAGGGGGGAGACCAGCAUGAUAGUGGAGUCCAGGUCUUGGGAAAUGAUCCAAAUGCCCUACACGGCUUGAGAGAGCGCAUUCAAGAACUGGAAUCCCAGAUGAACAUCAUGAGAGAUGAGCUGGAGAACAAGCACCUUGAAGGGAAUGCACCCACCUUGAGGGAGAAAUACCAGAAGGACUUUGAGAACCUUAAGGCAACGUGCGAACGAGGGUUUGCAGCCAUGGAAGAGACACAUCAGAAGAAGAUAGAGGACUUGCAAAGGCAGCAUCAGCGAGAAUUGGAGAAGUUGCGAGAAGAGAAGGACCGUUUGCUAGCUGAGGAAACGGCUGCGACUAUCUCCGCCAUAGAAGCCAUGAAGAAUGCUCACCGAGAGGAACUUGAGCGGGAGUUGGAAAAGACCCAGCGCUCCCAAAUCAGCAGCAUCAAUUCAGACAUUGAAGCUCUCCAGAGACAAUACUUGGAGGAAUUGCAGUCUGUCCAGCGGGAACUGGAAGUCCUUUCAGAACAAUAUUCGCAGAAGUGCUUGGAAAAUGCACACCUUGCCCAGGCUUUGGAGGCAGAGAGGCAGGCCCUCCGACAGUGCCAGCGGGAGAAUCAGGAACUCAAUGCGCACAAUCAGGAGCUGAACAACCGCCUGGCUGCAGAGAUCACCCGGCUACGGACACUGCUAACUGGGGAAGGUGGGGUGGAAACUGUGGCUUCUCCUCUUACCCAAGGCAAGGAUGCCUAUGAGUUAGAGGUCCUGUUGCGAGUUAAGGAAUCGGAAAUCCAGUACUUGAAGCAGGAGAUCAGCUCCUUGAAAGACGAAUUGCAAACAGCAUUGAGGGAUAAAAAAUAUGCCAGUGAUAAAUACAAAGACAUCUACACGGAGCUCAGUAUCGUCAAAGCCAAGGCAGACUGUGACAUCAGCAGAUUGAAAGAGCAGCUGAAGGCAGCCACCGAAGCCCUUGGUGAAAAAUCUCCUGAGAGCACCACCGUGUCUGGAUAUGAUAUCAUGAAAUCUAAAAGCAAUCCGGAUUUCUUGAAGAAGGACAGGACCAGCAUUGGCCGGCAACUACGAAAUAUCAGGUCAAAGUCCGUAAUUGAGCAGGCUUCAUGGGAUAACUGAAAUGCGCCAGAUUCCAGGGUCCCUGCCAUCUAGAGUUUGAAGGAAGGCCUGACGGUGCAGGAGCGCCUUAAGCUCUUUGAAUCCAAGGACUUGAAGAAAGACUGAUUCUCUCCUUCGUUUCCGGCUUGACCAUGUGCACCGCCUUGCUUGCCACAUCACAACACGAGCACCCUUCUUCUUCUUCUUCUUCUUCUUCUUUUUUUUGCUUUUUUUCAUUAUGUUUUGCUUGGUUGGGAGGGGGUAUUUUUAUCGUGCUGCUCCAGAUGAACAGACUGAACAAUCCCAGCUAUUUUUCUGUCCCACCUUCAAAUGGAUGAGAUCCAUGUUUCUCAACCUUAGCAAGUUGAAGAGGGGUGGACGUCCACCCAUCUUCAACUUGCUAAGGUUGAGAAACACCGGAUUAAACAGAUUCCCUGAUGUUUCUGAAUUAAAAAGUCCCUACUUUUGGCAAGAAUGCAGGGAGAGAUUAGAGAUUUCCCCUUUGGGCUCUUUAAAGAAAAAAAAAAAUCCUUCCUACUGUAUAUCCAUUACACUAAGUGUCAGUAUUAAGGCUCAACGGCCCUAUAGAUAAGCUAGCUCUGUUUUACCGAUGUGUUGGUAUCGCAUCGCAGCAGAGCCCUGGGAAGGGAAGGGAAGGGAAGGGGGAGGGAAGACACACCUCCAGCUUAGCUCUACCCACGUGGAGAGCAACACAGCACUUAGGCGCAUGUUUUGAGCCAAACGUUGCACCUCUGAAGCCAACUGGGGUUGGCGUGGCAAGCACUCCAACACCUUUGAGGGUUGAGAAACAAAACAAGCCUUGCUUCUAUGGGGAGAAAAGGCACUCUGGGCUGGCCUUGAGUAGUGUCUUAAUUGUUGUACUGUGUGGUUAGCAGGGAUUCAGCCCUUAAUGUAACUUAGCAACUUUCUGAAUUUUUUUUUUUCUCUAACUAAGCCAGCUUAGAGCCAUGGUUGAGGUGUGACAGACUCCACAUUAGUCAGGAUCUUAGAAGAACGUCAUCCUUAAGACCGCUACAAUUCAUUACCCCCUUCCAGUUAUGGUUCACCCUUUCUCCUAGUCUCAGUGGGUUCUGUGCAUCCAUAAAACAGCAUGACUCAAGACAUUUCUCUCGUCUGCUGUGGACCGAGAAAUCGAGUUUUACCCUGCAGCUUUCUUAAAGGUGGCCUUUAAAGGAAAAAAAAGGGAUUGUGUUUGUCCUUGGGAAUCUGUUUCAGUCAGUUUCCACCACGCAGCCACCCAGAGUGCUACCGAAUUGUAAACAGAAGGGCAAAGGAAGACAGGGGUUCUGACAUGCAAGAAAGGUGAGCUUCCCAGGCAGAAAUGGGGUCAGGGGAGUUUGAUUUAACAGGCCUAAAACCAGUUGGAGGUGUGCCUUCUGUGUGUUUAUGCAAGGUGACAGUGUCUGUGUGAGGAUAUUCAGUUGCAAAGGAACUGCAAAGAACUUAAAAGGAACACCUGGAUAACAGGUCAUAAGCUAAGCCUACUAAAAGCGGCAUUUGGAAAAGACCAGGUUAACCAUUAUCCCCAAAGAAUUCUCAGGAUUUAGUGCUGAUUCACCUGAAAUGAAGCGGGUCUGCAUGACUUCUGAUUCCCCCCGUACCCUGGGCCCAGCCACCCGAAAAAGUAGUGAAUAGAUUCGUGGAUGCAUUAGGAUCCAGAAUUUAUACAGCUUUUCCAAGAAGACAGUUGGAAGUGUUAAAAUGCCUUUGCAAAAGCAGAUGAAUAGAACUACUUCAAAGUGGAUGCUUGAAAUUUCAGCAUUAACAACUCAAAAGCAUUAUGAACAAGCCUUGUCCCCCCCCCCCACCUUGCAGAUGACUAGUGUGUUCUACCCCAAUUCUACAAAUUUUAAGGCCCUUAAGGUGGAGUUUUUUGCUCUUACUCGGUUAAGUUUCUGCUGCUUAUUUGGAAUAAAAACUGCUGAACUUUGGGACAAGAACAACUCCGUGAAGUCCUGCUGUUCCCAGCUAGGAUUGGUUCAUUUCUUUUAGUUCCAUGCAAUUCUUAGAAUUUAAUUAGAUGGAUAGCAAUGAAAUGAGUUGUCCCCCCUCCCCCAAAAAACCUCAUCCGUUUCCUAGCAGUAGACCUGAAGCAAAAGGUUACCUUAGUAUAAGAUACCUUAAGGGCAGCUAGCCAGGUGAUGUGUGAAUUUUAGGCUCCUGACUAUAUCCGACAUGCCACAACAGUAGAAUUCUGCGAAAUGUGGCUGCCAUAAAUGGAUAAGACGAAGGAGAUCUUCCUAUUUUUACUUAGGUUAGGGUUUUCUUCAGGACUCGUUGCUCUCUUAGACCUGAGUAGUCUCCCUACCAAACUGCAACUUUGUGAUUGCAGGUUGCGUGUCUAGAAGUGAAUUUUAAAGUAGAUAUGGAAGCCCCAAAGCACUUGCGAGGACUGACUUGUGCAUGUUGGAAUUCGCAGUGUAUCUUAUCCGAUGGCGGAAGGAAAUGUGGUUGUGGCAUCUGCCUCUGAAAUUGUAUUGCAGGCCUGUUUUUUCCUCUCUCCUUCACCUGGACUAGGCUGAACCGGGUACAAGAAUUGUAAUUUUACUCACGUAGUUUUCCUGCAACUUUGAUAGCAGUCUGCCGGAUGAACAAAGGAUCUUUCGGAAAAUCCCUGAAGUUCAUUCACGUGCUUCCUUUCUAAAGAGAGAAAUGUCACUGCUCCAAGAUGGUUUCUCAAACAUUUAAAGUGAUGUUUAAAAGAAGAGUAAAGCAACCCCACCUCCUUUCACACAAAACUGACUAUACUGCUGUGAACAAGGUGCUGUUCCCUACCCAACAAAGCAAGUGGGUGUUUGGGAAGGUGCAUUUCUUGAAAGGCUCUUAAAAGGGCAUGACUGGGUAUAUUCAGAUGCAAGUUGCUGCGUUUUUACACAAUUCUGUACUCCAGAGAUCAAGAGAAUGGGUAUUCUUGAUGAACGUUCAGCACAGGUGGAUGCACAGUAUAAACACACCUGAAAUAUGGCUUUCUGGAUGUUGUCCACUGCCGAUCUUACUGUUUUUUUCCUUCUUUCAAAGCAGAACUCUGUCCAUGCCGUUUGUUUUUCUUUUUCCUGCUAAGAAAUGGGAAAAGGAGGAUCGCUUGUGCUGAUACACAGAACCCAAGCAGGCUGUUUUUCCUGUGGCAGAGGCUGCCUGCAAGUAGCCCUGUGUGGUGGUUAGGAAAAAAUGUUGCUUUUUGUAAUGACAACAUACUUGAUUAGAAUCCCACUGGACUCCCCCCCCCCAUUUCAAUGGUUCAUAUGCAGAGUACUUGGUUGUGAACACUUUAAGCACAUGCACGCUUAUCUUUCCUUUGUAAUUUCCCCCCAUUUUUUAAAGCUUUGUUAUUCUCUAAAAGUAAUUUAAGACCUGUAUAGUAUUCAAAGCACGCAAUGUAAAUAUUUAUUACUCAAAAACUAGUGGAGGGUUUUUUGGGGUGACUUUCUUUUUUAAUCUUGUUCUAAUACAGAUUUCCUUUUGACUUGGAAAAGGAAAUUAGUGUAACCUGAUAAUCCUGCUCCUUGUUCCCUUACAGAAUGUUUGUUGGUUUGUUUGAAUGCUAUAAAUAUAUUUUUAAAUUUC